AUGGUACGAUGUUGGUAUAUGGACGAUGUACAAGAUAAUCCACAAGAUGAUCACCGAUUGAAGGAUAUUGAUGUACCUACAUUAUGUGACCGUACUGGUGUUCAAGUAUGGCAUUUUGAGCCAGAGAAGACUUUUGCUAAUAAUGAAUGCCCUUCAUUGGCAAAACUUAAACAAGAUCGAGGAUACACGUACGAGGAUGAAGUAAAAGUGCAACCAUCUAUGGAAAAAUAUGAAGAAAAAUUAAAAAUGUUCUUUGCUGAACAUAUACAUACCGAUGAAGAAAUUCGCCUCGUACUUGACGGUUCAGGCUUCUUUGAUGUACGUGAUUGCGAUGAUAAAUGGAUGAGAAUUCAUGUUUUCCCUGGAGAUUUAAUUAUUCUGCCAGCUGGAAUGUAUCAUCGAUUUAUACCUGACAGCAAAAAUUUUAUUCAUGUUAGACGCUUUUUUCUUGGUGAACCCGUGUGGACACCAGUCAAUCGACCCGAUGGUGAUACACAUCCAUCCCGCCAGGAUUAUGUCAAAAAUUUGAAACAUCAUAACUAA